AUGUCCGCUAGCUACUGGGAGUCAACCCAGCGUUUGAAAUGGCAGCACACGCGAGAAAGUUUGUCAGCUGAGAGACACCAGCUAUGGCUAUUAGAGUGCCAAUUGUUCCCACAAGGACUGACGGUGACCAUGGAAAAUACCAAAGGAUCGGGCCAGCCGGUUACAAGAACAAUUCCUAUCACAAAUUAUGACAUGCACUACGACAAGGACUACAAUCUGCGGAUUUACUGCUACUUUCUGAUCAUGAAGCUGGGCCGGAGGCUCAAUAUAAGACAAUACGCUCUGGCUACAGCACAUGUGUAUUUGUCGCGCUUUCUGCUUCGUGCUUCGGUUCGGGAGUGCAACCUGUACCUACUGGUCACCACAUGCAUCUAUCUGGCGUGCAAAGUAGAAGAGUGCCCGCAACACAUUCGGUCGCUCGUCAACGAAGCGCGCUCGCUGUGGCCCGAGUUUGUGCCCCCCGAUCCCACCAAAGUAACAGAGUUCGAGUUCUAUUUGCUCGAAGAGCUGCAGAGCUACUUAGUUGUUCACAACCCGUACCGGUCGAUGGAGCAGAUCGUCGAGGCGCUGCGACUCGAACCCUACGCGCUGGCGCUUUCUGCAGAGGAUCUGCAGAACACUUGGUCGCUGAUCAACGACAGCUAUAUCACAGACGUGCAUCUGAUAUAUCCACCGCAUGUGAUAGCGAUGGCCUGUUUUUUCGUCAUCAUAUGUCUACAAAAAUCAAACCGGACAAAAUACCAAGAAACCUUUAACAAAUUCAUGGCCGAGUCGCAGGUCGAUUUGGCCGAAGUGAUGAACACCAUACAGGAUCUGAUUGCGUUGUAUGACUGCUGGGAUAAAUACAACGAACUGUGGAUCAAAUUCCUGUUGCAUUCUCUGUAUCUACGCAGAGCUUAA